GUGCGCGAUUCUCAUCUCCAGCUGCUGCAGACCCAAAGCUCGGGCAGUAAGCGGAGAUCGCGAGGACAAGCCACUCCAAAAAAACAAAAACACAUUUAUUUUUUUGCAGCACCGCGUGUUUCUAUCCCGAGUGGACACGCAGAACUGGCCGCUCGGAGGGCAGCAGCAGCCGGCCGUGCUCGCUUGUUGCGCCGUGUGCACACGCAGGCUUUGCGGCUGCAGCGCCAAGCAUAUCAACACUCAUCAGACUGACUGUGAGGCAUGUUGUGUUGAAGACACACCUAUGCAGGUGGACUCUUCACUAAUGAAUGUAGGGGAUGGAGGCACGGUGAGCAGAGAGACCAGUGCUCCAAAUAAAGCGUCCAUGAGCAUGGUGGGAAAUCCUCCCCAAACGUUGCCCCUCGAGUUUCGAAGCGAUGUUAGCCUCAGUCAGCAAAACAAGACCACUCCGACAACAGACUGUAAGACAGCGAGAGCCUGCCCGGACACCGGUAAUUAUAACCUCAGCCCGGAACUCUCCCCACCCCGGCAGCUCAACAAUGAACCUAUGUCAUACUCAGACCCCGCCGGCUCGGAGAAGAGGGCAGACAAAAGAGUGGUAGAGGUCACGGACGGCGCGGCAGUCUUCACCACCCCUCAGUGGCAGAGCGGCGUCAAAGUCGGCCGGCAGGACUCGGCCAAUCCCAGGAAUCACAGCAAGAAAUCUCACGCGCCGUCUGCUGGUUUCCAGUGCUCCCUGUUCAAAGCAGCCCAGCCAGUUGCCUUCCUGCCGUCUGGCGAGUUCUCCUCCCCGCUCCGUAAAAUCACUCUCCCACCAGCAUUGGGGCAGAUCGCGGCUCUGAGGGAAGCCACCGCCAGUCAGUUUUCAAAAGAGAGCCAACCUCAAACCUCAGGUGUAGCGGGGGCGCCCCUCAUGCGGACCUAUCACUAUCCCUUCUCAGUGGGUCGGACUCCGGCCCCCGAGAAAAAAGCCUCUAAACUUAAAGUUAACCAUUCAUCCAGCAAGAAGGACAAAUCCAUUGGGGAGUCUGUGGUGGCGUCCCCGGCUAUCGCCCUACCGCUGCAGCACCCGUCGCUCAACCCCGGAGGACCUACUCACUACACCUUGUCGCCCACAGCCGCCAUUUGCUGCGGCUCUGCACUCGCCACCAUCGCCUCUCAGAGCAGACUGCUGAACCAUGUGGAGAAGGGCCUCCGCUUGGACAAGGCCGCCCUUAGCUCUCUAAAAGCCGAGGACCGCAGGGUAGCGUGCUCGCUGGAGCCGAGGGAUGUUCCCCUGGAUUUAUCUGCGAAAUCCAAACGUCUAAAAUGCACAGAUGACCCUUCGUCGGAGCCUCCAAAUACAGAGUCCAACUUUCUGAACUCAAAGAGGAAUCAUUCUACAACGUUUAGCUCAGCUGGGAAAUAUCCUACUUUACCCAAUACCCACAGAAAUGGCUCUCAUCAAAAGCAAUCAACACGGCUGCAGAAUCACCAGCUCUCUGAACUCAAGCCUCCGUGGAGCAAGGGACCUUCACAGGACCCCAUUAAAAGUAUCCCCGGAACCUAUGUCGGUGUGGCGAGUCCCAUACUGGCCUCCACGCUACGGGGGAAGGACGGAAAGGGGACCUUUGCGGAUGAGUUUCAGAGUUUUGCUAAACAGGAGUUCAUAUCUAUAAUAGAUCAAGGUGAACAGGUGUCUUCGGGAGGAAAGAGGCCACCUUGUAAAAACACCAGCAAGAACUGUCCUGCUAAAGGAGCCUUAAUGACGGCCCUCUCAAGCCCCUCCAACACACAUCCAAAGCCUGGAAAAGCAGCAAGUCUGACGUGGCAAAAGUCCUCUCAUCCUCCGCACCAAGCGUCCUCUGCUCACAGGAACGUGUCACCAGAAUCCCCAAAGGCCAAAGGAACUGUAGAAGGUUCCAAGUUUCAGAGUCCGUCCACAACUGUGGAUGAAACAUGGGAAAAACAGUCUCCGCUGUCUAACCUUGCGUCCAUCGUGAAGCAGCAAGAUCCAGUUUCGCUAAGGAAUGACACCGUUCUGAAUCUUCUCACUGCAAGCCAAGAUCCACCAUCCAAACAGGCUCCACCAGCAUUCUGGUCCUCAGAGAACUGGCUGUGUCCAGGGGGCUUGACUCGAUCCAGGAAGAGGUUUGAAAGGUUGAAAGCGGUGGAGACCUCUGAGAAUAAGGCAGAGCUACCUAAGCAAGGUCAGCCACAAAGCCUCAGAAGCAGUGCAUCCACCAACGGCAACAGGCUGGAGAGCCAGCUGGCGCAGGUCUUGGAGGGCGAGGCGCUGAAGAAGGACAGCGGGGAUUCGGAGAGUCCCGGCAAUGAAAAACUGGGAGGUUUAGUCGCAUCUCUUUUGUCGGGCGACAAGUGUGAGGAGAGAACCAAUGGAACCAAAGAGGACUUGCCAAGCAAAGCAGUGAAAGUGAAGAAAGUUAGUCCUAAGAAACCUGCAAAGGCGGAGCUGUCAAAAAAGACUGCAGGGGAGAAAGAAGAAGACACAGGAAGUCCAACCACAGGGUCUUACCAAAAGAAGAAGAAACAAAAAUCACCUGAGUUGGAACAAAGACUGUCACUGCGGAGUAAAGACCAGAUUCUAAAAGACCGGACCAGUCCCAAGGAGGAUGACCACGUCAAAACAGAUGGCGGCAGCAGUCCAGAAGGUGAAGAGACCCGUGCCUUCAACUCGCCGCUUCCCCCUGCAGGGAGCUCCUUCCCGCGACUGAGGAGAGGACGACGGCGGGCUGACGAGGCCAGGCUUGACCUCUGGGGCUUCGCCACGCCUUCUCCUCCGCCGCCGACCUCUCAAAUGAGCCCCUCGCCUCCCCCGCGGACGCCGGCUCGCCGGCCCAGAGGAAGGCCCCGCUCCAGCCGCCUGUUGGAGCGGGACGACAAGGGCAAGGUGGCGGACGCGCAAGACGACAGCCCGGCGCAGAAGAGGCGGCGGCACUGCCGUAGCAGGAAGUACCAGACGGGGGAGUACGUCACUGAGAAGGACAAAGCUGAAGACGGAGAGCACCUUGAAGAGUCGGACAGUGGGGUCCCGGAAGACUCCAACACGCCCCGGUGUCCGAGUCCCGCCACGUCCAGUCCAGAGUCGCCGCCACGGAGACCCUCCUUCACUCGCUCAGGCUCAGCACGCUACCAGGCCAGCGACGGAUCGCCGGAGCCCAGAGACAAGCCCUCUGGCAAGAGGAAAUUCAAAAGCAAGCAUUUGUGCGAGGGGCAAAAGACGAGGAUCAAGCGCAGCGGCUCAGGCAAACGCUCCGCCUCCACAGGCCCGGAUGAGAGCAGCCCCCCGCCCUCUGCCUCCAAAAGCCUGGUGUCAUGGCCGCCCAGCAAGAAGGAGUCCCCUCCCAAGCGGCCCGUGCCCCCGGAGGUGCGACGGCUGAUCGUGAAUAAAAAUGCCGGGGAGACGCUGCUGCAGCGUGCUGCCCGCUUGGGCUAUCAGGAAGUGGUGCAGUACUGCCUAGAAAAGGACCUGAGGGAGGUCAACCGGCGAGACAACGCGGGCUACACGGCGCUGCACGAGGCCUGCUCUCGCGGCUGGACGCAGAUUGUCCAGAUGCUGCUCCGACACGGUGCCGACGUCAACUGCAGCGCUCAGGACGGAACACGCCCCCUCCAUGACGCGGUGGCGAGUGACAACCUGCCCAUCGUGUGGCUGCUCCUCAACCACGGUGCUGACCCCACACUGGCCACCUACUCUGGACACACCCCUGUCAAACUGGCACACAGCUGCAGCAUGAAGGCCUUCCUCACAGAGUACUUCAGCGAGCUGGAGGGCCGCAGCGAGCGGGACUGGGACUUCUACAGCAGCUCCUUGUUCGAGGACGAGGAGAAGCCCUGCUGGGACUUCCUGUUGUCGGAGGAAACGUCACAAGUGGAAGAAUGUUCAGACCAAGACUUCCUGCUCUUUGAAUUGUCCUCACAGCCCCUCUUGCCCUGUUACCACCUGCAGCUGUCUGUCACUCAGGGCUUCUGUAAUUGGUUCCUGCUGUCCGACGUCCUGACGCGCCUCAAGAUGUCGCCGCCCACCUUCAGGGCUCGCCACCCUCACCUGGAGGUGGGCGCUCUGCCGCGUGGUGAGCUGCUCCGCCAGGUGUUGGUGAGCCAGGUGGGCGGGCCUUUGGAUUUGCAUUCAGAGGAGGAGGAGGAGGAGGAAGAGGCGGGGCUUGUGGAGCUGCUGCGUUGCGUGCCAGAAGUCCAGAGACUGUUGGGCUCCUCCAUUCACAUCCUCCAGGACCAGGACCCGGACCAGGACCAGGACCAGGAGCGGCGAGGUCGGUAGCCCUCACAUCAUGAACUUUGAGGGCAAAAAACACUCCGUCCUUCGCCAGGGGAAGGGGCGGAGCUUCACGCCUGACCUCAGACAUCAGGGUGAUUUGUUGUUUUACACUUCCUGCUUCCUCAUAACUCCGCCCCCUUCAUCACGGAUGGACCUCCCCUUUCAGACGCUUUGCUUGAAGAGCGGACUUCUUUCUUUAAUAGUCCUUAAUAUAUUUGUCUAUGCCAUACGCCCGUAUAUGGACAUGUCACUUCCUCUGCCCCCUGCCGUGAGAUGAGUCUUUCAAGCGAGCUCAAGUACAGUUUUAUUGUACUGGUGCUACAAGUUUUGUGUUGACAAUCAACUUUUGCUUUGGAAUCACACAAAAAAGAUAUUUAAGGUGUAAAAAGAAAUGUGGCAGGACUGAGGAGAGACUUUUUAUUUGAUUCUUUUUAUAAGAAAUCAAGAAUAAAGCAUGAUUGUC